CACUCACACUACUUAGUAGACUUCAUAUCCGGUAACGAGCGAUUUGGGAUGCAGCCUGGACACGGAACGGUUGUAGACCAAGGUUCGCUAUGACGUCAGAGGGUCAUUCGCUUCUCAAAACAUGGCUGAAGGCUCGGAGGUGUCUCUGCAGUCAGGACUGGUACAAGGUGCUCUGGAGUUUCUGCGUAUUCCUACUCUUUUCUACAGUUUUGUCAAAUUCCUGGACACAACUCUGAGGUCAUGGGGGAUCACCAGCUGGCUGCCGUCGUGGUGCCCGACAUCUCAGUGUAAACUGGAAGAGGCAGAGGAGAGGAUGCUGCAGUCCAUCCAGAGCAAGUUCUCCAAGCAGUUUGUCCACAUCUCCAGUGACAACAAGCUGUGGACGCUGGUGUUCGAUGACGGUGUGGAGCGUAAGACUCCUCUGGUGCUGCUGCAUGGUUUUGGCGGUGGAGUGGGUCUCUGGGCUAUGAACCUGGACGCUCUGUCCCAGCAGAGGCCUGUGUAUGCUCUUGACCUGCUCGGCUUUGGUCAGAGUAGCAGGCCUCAUUUCAGCACCGACGCCCAGGAGGCCGAAACCCAGUUUGUGGAGUCCAUUGAGGAGUGGAGGGAAAAACUAGGCCUGGAGAGUGUGAUCCUGCUGGGCCACAACUUGGGAGGAUACCUGGCAGCAGCCUACUCACUUAAAUACCCUUCCAGAGUAAAACAUCUGAUCCUGGUGGAACCGUGGGGUUUUCCAGAGUGUCCAGAGGCUGGUGAACAGGACAGACCCUUUCCUGUGUGGAUUAAAGCCCUCGGGGCCAUCCUCAGCCCCUUCAACCCACUGGCUGGCCUUCGCCUUGCAGGACCGCUGGGUCCAAGUCUAGUGCAGAUUGUGCGACCUGACUUUAAAAAGAAAUAUUCUGCCAUGUUUAAUGACAACACAGUCACAGAGUACAUCUACCACCUUAAUGUCCAAAGCCCAAGUGGUGAAACAGCUUUCAAAAACAUGACCAUUUCAUAUGGCUGGGCCAAGCGGCCCAUGCUGCAGCGCGUUGGCCUGAUUCACAGUGACAUUCCCAUUACCGUGAUCUAUGGGUCACGCUCCAGCAUAGAUGGCCACUCUGGCAAUUCAAUCAAAGAAAUGAGGCCAAAUUCCCACGUGGAGCUAAUCGCCAUACGAGGAGCAGGACACUAUGUAUUUGCUGACCAACCAGAAGACUUCAACCACAGGGUGCUUCAUGUGUGUGAAACAGUGAGCUGAAGGGUGAUGAGGAAUGACUGCCUUUUUUUUUUAUUAAAUUCAUUAUAUUCCCUCUUAAUACAGGCUUAAAGAGCUGGCCAGAGUGCCUCUGUAAAUCUGUAUGUAUUUGCAUGCCGCAGUGCAGCACUUAUCACUAUUGUGUGUCCUUCACCAGACCCACAUUUCGCACACUGAAGGUUUGCUGAUAACUGGAAUUUUUACAACUAACAUUAUCAUAACUGUGCUCAUUCAGAGAUUAGUGUUCUGACUGAUGAUGACUGUGUCUUCAGUCAAUAAUAUGGGCAUAUCUGCUAACCUCUAUAGUCACUGAUAAAUAGGUUUAACUAUAUAAGGGGCAACAGUAAGCACAAUAAUUAUUCUCUGGGUUAUGUUUUGUAGCAUGUGGUAAAUGUAGAGUUUCAGUAUUAUGUGGCAAUAUCAAGGGUAUAAAUAGCAUUUGAAUUCAUGCUAUUAAAAAUUCAACUAUUAAUUCCCAUUAAUGCAGGCUGUGAGAACAAUUGAAUAAAAUUGAAUUCAUUUCACUGAUACUUGAACUGAUAAAAAAGACAAAACGUAUCUCAAUGACGACCACUAAGUGUCCGGUCCUGUCCAAUUUUCAGCAAAUAUAAGAUGUUCUAAUAUUUAGGACAUGUUGUCCCUUUCUACCUCAUGAGUAACAUAACCUCUGCAACUAUGAAACAGGAGCUGUGUUCACUUUACACUUGAAUGUUUUGUGCAAUCUAUGAGCUGUCUUUUAUUUUACUUUUGGUACACAGCUGAGGUAGAGAGUUUUUGCAAUGCAAUGAUUAUGUAAUUCAGAGUAUGUAUGUUUAUAUAUUUACUGAUUAAUUUUAAUGUAACUGUUUAAAUUCACUUCAAGUGCCAAUGAGAGAGCAAUCAUACAGUAAUUACUGUACUAAAUUCCCAGUAAAUUAAGUCUUUAAA